ACCGCAUUCCUCGCUUGGGCCAUCCAUUCCCGACGCCGAUCAAAGGUGCAUGAUAUAUUGAGUAUUGCUCGCUGAAGCCGCUGGCAGGCGCUGCAGUCAUGGACACAAGCUACCUGGCCCAGCAGGUCACCACCAUCAUCGGCCAGCUACAUGGCUUGUUUGAUGAGAUUGGUGUUCCGAGCCAUGAGCGGGAUUCGCGGGAAGCAGAGCUCUUCUCGGCUCUGUCUGAGACGCUUCACAAUCAACUUCGUCAAGUCACAACGGAGAAACACGAGAUGACAGAGGAGGCGCAUCGCAUGAUUAAGACCAUCAGGCAGAUGGAAAUGUCGCUAGAGGACAACAAGCGAAGGCCUAGUCAAGAAGACGACGACGCCCAAAUCACCUAUCCGUUGACGCGCUGCCUCCAUGGAUUGAACGAGAAAUACAAUGCUGUCAGCAAAGUCCAUCGCGAGAGGUUCGAACAAGUACGAAAACUCGCCGAGGCUCUGGAGUCAUAUGCCUCUCACCUGGAACCUUCCUUCAUCAAGAUCAAGCUCCCACCCAGCUCACCAGACGCACCCAUCUCCCCAUCGUUCGAUGUCUCUCCUUCCUACGUCCACUCUUUGGAUGACGAGUUCACGCGUGUUUACGAAGAAUACACGCGUCGCAUCAACACCGUUCGGAUUAUGGGCCAGGAAAUCAUCCAGCUAUGGGCAGAGCUUGGCACCCCUCAGGCGCAGACAGACCCGUCGAUUGUUAAGUACCAUCGCGAUGCCCCCGAGCAACUAGGCCUUCACAAGGACGAUAUGGCACAAUUGAAGGCUCGGAAGGAACGACUUGUUCAGGAAAAGCAAAAUCGCGAGCGUCAGCUUCAACAACUACGAACCACCAUUGAGGAUUUGUGGGAUCGUCUCGGAAUUGAGCAGCACGAGCGUAAACAGUUCUUGUCUAGCAAUCGUGGAUGUGGUCUGCGAACCAUCAACGAGUAUGAGGAUGAGCUUUCAAGACUGAACGAGCUGAAGCGCCAGAACUUGCAUCUCUUCGUCGAAGAGGCGAGGGUGAAGCUUCAGGAACUUUGGGAUGCGCUCUACUUCUCCGAGGAGGAGAUGCUUGAUUUCACUCCCGCAUUUUCUGAUGUCUGCAGCGACGCGCUUCUCUCCGCACACGAGUCGGAAAUUGCAAGGCUGGAAUCUUUGAAGGAGCAGCGACUUCCCAUUCUCCAAAAGGUCGACAGGUAUCGUGAAUUGAUCAAGGAGCGAGAUGACCUCCAGGCUUCUAGUCAAGAUGCUUCCCGUCUGAUGGCUCGUGGCAACAAGGGCGAACGACGCGACCCAGGUAAAUUGCUGAGAGAGGAGAAGAUGCGCAAGCGUAUAGCCAAAGAGUUGCCUAAGCUAGAGGGAGAGCUGAAAAAGACUCUUGAGAGGUGGGAGGACGAGUAUGGCCGUCCUUUCUUGGUCCUAGGUGAACGAUAUCUCGAUGAACUGUACUCCACCUCCUCAAGGGCACCACCACCUCGAUCGAAAACCCCAUCCAUUGCACCACAGGCUGCCAAACCUGCCCCCAAAUCUGUACCGCGGAGCCAACCAGGUACCGUACGAGGACCCCCUCCAAGCAGAGCAAAGACUCCAACCGCCAGCUUCGCCGCGAGCACCACGAGGAACCCACUUGCUGCAUCUACUAUGUCAGUCUCAAGUGCCGCAAAGAGCCCUUCCAAGAUCCCAGCUCGUGCACCCCUAAAGACGAUGCCUCAUGGUGGAAAUUCGCCUGAGCGACGACCAGCACCUGUGCCGAGGGAAGACUCGACAAUUCGAAAGAUGCCCCCACCUCGCGCUCCACCACCAAAGAUGAAGGAACUGUUCAUGCCACCCGAGCGUGUGGCAACUCCGGCCAAUCAUUACGAGUUCAAUCGUGGUGACCGCAGCGAGAGCAUCGUCCGACAGGUUCCGCCAGAAGACCCAUACGACGAUCGUUCAUACCUGACACACAGCAUGCGUGUUGGCUACACACCUACCUAUGCGCCUCCUGUUCUAGGAAGCAGACAGACAUCGCAAACUUCAUCGACAGGAACUGGCCACACGAUGCAAUCAGGUUCGGAGAACUGGGAAACCUUCAGUGAGCGAUCCGAAGAGCCAGAGCAGGAUGUAGAUUUCUAUCAGCAGAGGCAGGCCAUGGCGCGUAACAAGCGCUGGACACCCGAGGGAGGACACUCGGCCUCACCGCGAGGGAUCCAAGGCAAGAAGGUCAGAAGUAUACGCGGCGUCGAGGGAUCCGGUAGUCUCAUGAUGGAAGCUGAGGGCGGUCGAAUGGUGCGCGUUGUCGAAGGCAGCGAGGCCGGGUGGACUGAUGAAGACGCCUAUUGAAACGACAAUUCCCGCCCAUCCCUUUCAGACAUUUCCUUUCUCGAUUACGUUGUCAACGAAGCUUAGCAUGUCUGACGUGCAACGCCUUUUGG